UGAAAGAUUUGUAGGUUCUCUGAGCCCCUUUUCAGAGCCAUAAACAUCCUUAUAACAUGGAAACCUCAGGAGGUUCCUGUAGGAACCCUGAAACCACCGGGAGGACCCUGGGAACCUUUCCACACAUUAUCUGCAUGUUGAUGAGUGUAACAGCUGUCAGGUCUGCAGGGGGGAAGGGAGCGCGAGCCCUACAGCUGCCGCUGCUGCGCGCGGAGCACACGUUAAAAACCGUCAGGUGAGACACAACAAGACCGGAAAUAAAAACUCUGUGCCUUCAAAAUAAAAGCUAAAAAGCGAAAUAUUCUCCCUACAUUGAGCCGUGUUGUUAGCAGGGCCUGGCUAACCUCCGCAGGGACAACUCAACAGCUCUCAGUUGUCUCGUGCCCGUCUGCGUGCGGUGUAGCAGCGCGAGCGGCUCAGCUGUUUAAACCUCAGACGGUCUGAGAGCGGGUCCGGGUCAGAGGACGCACACGGAGGGUUUGCUUUGAUCGAACUUUCCCUCCUUUCCUCGGUGUUUCCCGGAGUUUUCCGGUGUUUUCCGGAGUUUCGGACCGGACUGUGAGACUGAAGUCCGCUGACAGACCCGCAGAUUUACGGUCCUCCGUCUGGAUUGUUGUCUCUCGUUGAACCGGACCGACCCGGCACCACCCGUCGGUGACGGAGCUUGGAGCGGAUCUGAGCCCGCAGACCGGACUAACGUGCCAGGCAUGAGAGGACUCGUUCUCCUCGGUCUCUGUCUGAACCUCCAGACAUGCCGGGCCUUCCCCAACCAGCUGCCCGACCUCAGCACCGAGCCGCCCGGUCGCGACCCUCUUCUGGACUACGACCGGCUGGAUGAGGAGCUGGGGGGCGGCGGGGGGCGGAGCUGGAACGGGACCCGCGGGGCGGAGGGCUGCGGACCGUGUGAGCUGGACCUGUGCCCGGAGACCCGCGGCUGCCGGGCGGGUCUGGUGCUGGACUCCUGCGGCUGCUGUAAGGAAUGCGGAAACCUGGAGGGCCAAGCCUGCGACCCGGGGGACCGGAGCGUCUUCUACGGGCUCUGCGGGACGGGGCUGCGGUGUCAGGCGGACCCGCGGGCCGCAGGAGGAGGAGGAGAGGAGGAUGAAGAGGAGGUGUGUGUGUGUGAGGAGCAGGAGGCGGUGUGUGGCAGUGAUGGGACAACAUACAUGAACACGUGCCAGUUCAGAGAGGCUGCUUUCUCCAGACCAGAGCUGAAGAUCCGAGGAAAGGGGCCAUGCAAGACCGUCCCCGUCAUUAAGGUCCGUCCUCAGAGUCAGGUCAAUGGGACCGGCAGCAGCCUGGUGUUCCUCUGCGAGGUCUUUGCGUUCCCGAUGGCUCUGGUGGAGUGGAGGAAGGAGGGACGAGACGUCAUCCUGCCCGGGGACGACCCCCACAUCUCCGUCCAGUCUCGGGGCGGACCUCUGAAAUUUGAGCUCUCCAGUUGGCUACAGAUUGAGGGGGCGGAGCCGGGGGACUCAGGGACCUAUCGCUGCAUUGCUCGUAACAACCUCGGGUCUGUCUCCGCCUCUGCUGUACUGGGAAUACUGGGAGCAGAGGAGCUGUCGUCCUACCUGGCCAACAGCGUUUCAGAGAUGAAGCAGCUGAUGGACGCCACAGACUACGACCAGGACUUCUACUGACCCACACGUGAGGUCACUUCCUGCCACCUCACAUUAUUUGGUGUCCCCCCUGUCCAGCUGCUAUCAGAGCAGAGACGGGAAACAUCAUCAGGUCACAAUCAGGCGGUGGACUACACAGACUUUUGGCGUUUCGUGGCCUCAUCUCGCCGUCCCCCUAAAGAACGGAGAUCUUCCUCAGGCGCGUUUGUUUUCAGUGAGAUACCAAGAAAAAAUAUUUGUACCAGUUACUCGUGUCAUUACUGCGACCGUCACACAGGACGGAGACACAGAGGCUCAGCGCGUCCAGCGUGCUGUCGAGUCUCGGUUCUGUGAAACACAUGAAAUAAAUGUGAAA